ACGUGUAAUAUCUGCUUCUCGCGUUAUAAAUAAGAGCGCGUUUCUGUAUACGUUGAACGGUGUCCUCCUCGCAAACCUGUACGCAUUUCGAAUUCUCGUUAACGUAUCGAUCUCGGACUGUUCCCGUUCGGACGGGGACGAACGAGCCCUAUUUACCAUCAUCACGAUCUCCGUGCCGGUGAGCGUAUUCAAAAUUCGACAGGGCCGGGGAUUUACGGUGAGACAGCCCUUCUUGUACCUUUCGUCGAGCCACCAAGGGCAUUUGUCCAGUGGCCGCCAAGAGCUCGCAGGAACCACGUGAGGAAUUACAUCCGGUAAUGGGCCGUGAGGACAAUAGGGUACCAGAACUCCGGUAACGGGGUGCACGUGAUAUUUGAUGUCGUUUGUCUCGUGAUCGAACCAGUGACUUAUAUCCUUGCCGGCGUGAGCCAAUAACACCUGAACCUCUCUCCUGCCAGCCGACUUCUUGCAAAGAUCAGUCAAAUCGUACACUCCGCCGUUGUACGAGACCCAACAAUCAGCCGCGCUGUUAUGCACCGCCACUUCCGACGGUAGAUAAUAUUUCACGCGAACGAUUUCCGACCCGGUUGGAACGGAGACCGACGCUCGAGGCACCCUCCCUACGCUGGAAACGGAUUUAUUCACGAAUGACAUUUUCCUAAGAUUCUCCGGAGAUCUCGUUAGACGGCAUUGACCACCUGAACUCGUGUCGCAGCCACGGUCGUUGCGCACAGAUAUCGCGUUGCCAUUAUUUGGGAAUCCUGACACUGUUCUCUGCAUCGUAAUCAUUCGGAAAGGUUGCACGCGAUUCCGUUAAAGCUACCUAUUCAUACGCGCGUGCUAAAAUGUUGCAAUAGGUGUUUCUCUUUAAAGUUAACACUCGUUUCGAUAUACAUUCGGCGUCUGUGAUCUCGGUGCACGGGUCGUUGUUACUUGGUUUAUUGAUUAUUGCAGUUGCCGCUUUUACCCAUAAUGUUAUUGCAUUCUUGGGAGUGUGUAGUAUAUAAAUAGAUAAAGAAUGGUAAACGAAAUCCUAAAGCAUACCCAAAAAAUAUUGCUCAAUAAACGCCGUUCUCUGCUAACUUCACGGUGUCUCCAUUCGAUAAAAUUCCUAGCCGGAUCGGAGGAAUGUUCGAUUCCGACGGGACUCGUCCAUCGAAGGAGCUCUAAUUGGAUGGUUAUUAAGGUAUUCGCAUAGUGCUUGCGUGCGGUUAACGUCCGAGGAAAAAUAUUCUUGCAGAAGCCGCUGAAAAUUGGCUCGACAACAAAGGAUCAUAGUAACUUUCGCGCCGUAUCGUUGGUUACUACUGUUAUUUCCAACAUGAAGGCAGGCACUUUAUUGUGGCUAUUGCAGGCGAUUGAAUGGCUGCCUCGUCCAGAGAGUGCACAUUCUGUUUUGCUGUAAUUAAUUUUACGUUACUUGGUGAUUUACACGUGAAAUAUUCUCUGCCUCGUAUUAUUUGGGUUGGUGAAAUCAUAGCAAUAGCAAUAGCAAUAUACGAAAUUCUGAAAUGGAAAAGAGCGCGUACGGAUCAUUGUGUCGCGCAGAGAGAAAUAAUGGAGCCGAUGAAGCAGCAAUGGACACGGGAAGCAACGAUGAAAAAGUGGCCAUUCUGGAUGCAGGGUCACAGUAUGGUAAAGUGAUAGAUCGAAAGAUUCGUGAAUUGAACGUUCACAGUGAAAUUCUACCCCUUGACACACCAGCAUUUACCCUCCAAGAGAAAGGCUAUAAGGCUAUUAUAAUUUCUGGAGGGCCAAAUUCAGUUUACGCAGAGGAUGCGCCCGGAUACGACGCUGAUAUCUUUAGAAUAGGAAUUCCGGUAUUAGGCAUCUGUUAUGGGAUGCAAAUGAUGAACAAAGAAUUCGGUGGUACAGUAACACAAAAAGACGGUCGAGAAGAUGGCCAGUUUUCAGUCGAGGUAGAUUCCAAGUGCCUAUUGUUUAAGGGCUUGGAGAGAUUACAAAUAGUACUGUUAACACAUGGUGAUAGUAUAGAUAGGGUGUCCGAUGACUUUCGUGUUAUUGCCAGAUCGUCGAACAUUGUAGCAGGAAUAGCAAACGAAAAAAUGAAUUUGUACGGGGUUCAAUUCCACCCCGAGGUAGAUCUUACAUCUAAUGGCAAAACGAUGUUGCGCAGUUUUUUGUUCUUCAUUGCCGGCCUCUCUGGCAACUAUACGCUUCAUGGUAGAGAAGCACAAUGUAUUCAAUAUAUAAAGGAUACCGUUGGCAACAAGAAAAUUCUGUUGUUAGUGAGCGGAGGUGUGGAUUCCACGGUAUGCGCAGCACUGUUACGUAAAGCUUUAAACAAGGAGCAAGUUAUAGCCCUGCAUAUCAAUAACGGCUUCAUGCGAAAAGGAGAAACGGAGUUCGUGGAGAAGAACUUGACACAAUUGGGAAUUCGAUUAAAAGUAGUUAAUGCCGCACACUAUUUUAUGCAAGGGACCACAUCCGUUCCCUUGGACAAUGUCCCUCCGAUAGCCAACGCAAACGCUAUAAACAAUAAAGGAAUAUGCGGCACGGGCACAACCCCGAGAACCAGAUUAACCAAAAUGCUAUGCGCGACUAUCAACCCCGAAGAGAAACGGAAAAUCAUUGGUGAUGUGUUUGUAAAAAUAGCGAACGAGGUGAUGGCGGAGAUGGGUUUAAAGGCGGAGGAAGUGUUUCUGGGACAAGGCACCCUCAGGCCUGAUCUUAUAGAAAGCGCAAACGCAGCAGCCAGUGGUAAAGCGGACGCAAUUAAAACACAUCACAACGAUAGCGAAUUGGUAAGGGCGUUAAGAGCACAAGGACAUGUGGUAGAACCCUUGAAGGACUUUCAUAAAGACGAAGUCAGACAAUUAGGAUGCGGGCUCGGACUUACGAUCUCGAUGGUAAGUCGACACCCAUUCCCUGGUCCCGGGCUCGCAGUACGUAUUCUCUGCGCGGAUGAGCCUUACAUGGAUAAAGACUUUUCAGAAACACAGGUGAUAGUGAAAAUAAUGGCAGAAUACGAGCAAAUGCUCAAGAAGAAGCAUGGAUUGCUGAAUCGUGUGGAAAGUGCGACCAGUGACGUCGAACGCCAGCAUUUGCGACAAAUUUCGAGUCGUCGUCAUAUCGCUGCAACCCUAUUGCCUAUACGAAGCGUAGGUGUACAGGGAGAUCGGAGAAGUUAUAGCUACGUCGUAGGUUUGUCCAGCGGAGAAAACACGUCAGAAGGAAUAGAAUGGCAGGACCUAUUGUUCCUCGCGAAACUGAUCCCGCGUGUAUGCCACAACGUGAAUCGCGUGUGUUACAUAUUCGGGUCUCAAUUGCACCACCCAGUGACGGACAUCACCCCGACUCAUCUGACGUCGAACGUGAUAGCCACACUCCGGGAAGCGGAUUAUGUAGCAAACCAUGUCUUAUCCUCUCAUAGCUGUAUGGGGUCUAUCAGUCAAAUGCCAGUAGUUUUAAUUCCUAUACACUUUGAUCGUGAUGCUGUCUCUCGGAUACCUUCAUGUCAACGUUCAAUUGUUCUUAGGCCGUUCUGUACUAAUGAUUUCAUGACUGGCACCCCGGCUAUUCCGGGCGAGGAGCUGUCUGUGCAUGUGAGUUCGAGCAAUCUUUCGACAAUUAUCGCAGCAUCGAUCGAUAAAACUUGUAUGCUAAUCGACAUGUGUUUUCUGUUUGUUCAACAGGUGGUGAAAAAAAUGGUGAUCGAAAUAUCUAUGAUACCCGGUAUCUCGCGUGUUUUGUACGACUUAACAUCUAAACCGCCGGGAACUACCGAAUGGGAGUAGUAAACGCUCAUCCCUAACUCAACCCUUUCUAUUUUUUCACCAUCCCUGCGCGUAACGACUACAAAGUAAAAAGUAUAUUUAAAAAUAUAUAUAUAUAUAUUACAAAAAUACGUACGAAUUCGAGGUUUGACUUCUUACCGAUUUAUAUAAAACCUUUGAGCAAAAACUUCUUUCGAAAAAACGUAUGUUCUCGAUUGUAAAUUAAUAUGUUAACUGAUGAAAAAAAAAGAUGAAAAGCAAAGAACUCGAAAACUCGUAAAAAGAGAGAGAGAGAGAGAGAAAGAGCGAACGAACGAACAAUGAUACCGAUACUGAUACUGUGUUCAAUGAAAUUGAAGGUAAGUAUCAUAUUUGCUUGUAAAUAGGUUUCUUAUUAACCUCAUUGUAAAAAUAUUAAUUUAUUCAAUUCCGAGAAAUUUACAUUAUAUAUCAUUGUUACACUGCAAAUGAUUGCAUUUGAUUGGUGGUACCAUUAGAUUGCUGUUAUAUUCGAUCUGCAUAUAAUGUUGAACGUAUUUUACUGUUUUCCUGUAUGUCCUAUGCCAAAUGCAAUUUCCAGUUUUUGUCAUACAUCUAGAAGAAUAUGAACAUAAAUAAGUUAAUGUAUUAUGUCUUUAAUACCAUUUUUAUUUAUCAAAGAUCGCAACUGAGUAAAACGACAACUAUUCCCUGAA